AUGAUCUCAAAGUAUGUUAACGGGAAAGCUGAGCCAAAUCUGUAUCAACAAGAAGUUCAGAUUAAUACGAAAACAGGGAAAAUAGCCAAGGUCAACUUGGUUUUUCAGGUAAAUUUAUACCAUGGUUUACAUUAAUUUAACGCUAUGUUCGCACCAAGUUAAUUAUAAGUUUUUAGCUGUUUUAUUACAUGUUAUUUAUUAAAAAAUAUUACACAGGACACGAAGCCGGAAGGAUCACAAGUGGGAAAUUUGGUUGCAGUUCAUGGUGCUCCUGGUACUCACAAAGAUUUCAAGUAUUUGAAUCCGAUUUUGGAAGAAGCGGGAGUAAGGCUGAUAGGAGUGAAUUGGCCUGGAAUGGGAUAUUCAACAUGUAAGUGAAGUUCUUUAGUUAAAAGUUAUUUUAGACGAUGAAAAUUUGAAUGAUGACAAUGACGAAAGAGUACAACUAGUGAAGCACUUGGUAGAAGAGCUGAAAUUAGGAAAAAAUACUGUAUUUAUGGGACAUUCGAGAGGUUCUGAAAACGCUUUGAAAAUGGCUGCUCUUUUUAAGGUUUGUUAUACAGGACGAUUUAUACUUUUAUAUACUGUAAUAUUAGCAUUGUUAUUCUACUUUUGAGGUUUUAUCAAUGUCAAAAUUUAAAUUCCAAAAGAUGUUGUUGUAGAAUGACUGUGCGGGCUGUGUACUAGUGAAUCCUGUAUGUCUCCGGCCCCAUCGUGGUAUACGACCCUAUUCGUUGGUAUGUCUACUGGGGUGGAUGUGGAAGAAUUUGAUGUUUGCUCGACUAAUUUUGAAUCCCUUCUUGCAUUGGCGUAAGUUUUGUUCUCUACGCUUAUAUGAAUUAUACAUAAGUAUAAGUUUAUGUAAUAUAUUUAUACUUUACAAAUACUCAUACAUGCGCGUUUAUAAUGGAGUAUCGAAGAUUUUUUAGUAUACAACAAUGUACUCGGUUUGCGUACUUCGACCGGACAUUCCUGUGGCGUUUCGUUACAUUUGAUGAAUCAUGUUGACUUUGGUGGUCAGCUACAGUACAUUGAAGCCAUAAAUGACAGCAAUUUGAAGGUACUCAAUUGCUAUAGUGGAAAAGAUUUUUUGGUACAGCGAAGUUUGAGUCGAGAGUUGGGAUCUAAGUUUAAGAAUUCUGAAGACUUGGUAUGA